UUUCUCAAAGAAAUAUUUUUUUUUUGUGAAACAAUCACUAUUUGCAAAAACUUUAAGAGAAGGAGGGAUUAUAUGAUAGUAUUUGUAAACCAAAAAAAACCUUUGUGCUCUAUUAGGACUAUUACACUCUCAAUUUUGGAGACCAGUGAGUAUAUUGGUUAAUGUUAAUUAACAAUAUGACAAAAUAAUCAAGUCAAAGCUCUGAAUUUUCUCAUGUAAAUGAAUGGAGUUGUUUGCAUUUUUUUUUCUUUUCGUUUCUGGUGCAGUUGUUGCUUGCAGAUGCCAUAGUUGCCUGCUUUAUUAGGUCUAUUUUCUUUAUCUGGGUUUGAAUACAAAUUUGCAAUAGUCAGUAGUAAUUUAGUAGUUGUUGUCUUUCUAAAUUUAUCAGAAGAUUGAAAAAGUCAACCCCUUUUUUAAAUGCCAUUUACGACAACCUUCAAACUUAAACCUUUUCCCAUAACACUUUGACUCAUUUCCUUUCAUUUUCUCUCUCCUCCUCUCAAUGGAACAGUAGUUCGGCGCUCAUUUAUAAUUCGCAUGCAAUUUUCAGAAUACCCAUAAUACUUUCACUUUCAUCUGUCCAUUUUUCCACAUUUAUUUUUCGAACAGAGCAUUGAUCAUAAAAAAAAUCCUCUGUUUUUCACUUCAUAAAUUACACCCAAAAAAGCUGAAACUUCACUCCAAAUUUGCUCCUUUUUUCAUUGUCUGCAAACUUUAGCAUCUGGGUAUUUGUCUAAGUGAUUAAAGAUUGCAUCUUUGAUUACUUGUAAUCUUUUUUAUUUUUCUUCUAAGGUAACUUUCUAUUUUGGAUAAGGAAAUUACACUACAAAAUAUGCAAAAUUCACUUCAAUUUUCAUAAUUUCCUCAUCAAAUUCAAAUUUAAUGAUCUGGGUAGCUGUCUAAUUGAUAAAAAUGGCAUCUUUGAUGUUUUCAGUGUGUUACUUUACUCUGUUUUUGGCAACUUUCUUUUUUGGGUAUGUUUCAUGCUCAAAAAACUCAACUUUGGAAACCCUCUUAGAAGUGAAGAACUCAUUUACAGAAGACCCAAAUGGGGUUUUGAAAAGCUGGUCUAAAACCAACCCAAAUUACUGUAAAUGGGAAGGAAUCAUAUGUAACUCAGCUCGAGUUGUAGUGAGUCUAAAUGUGUCGAAUGCAUCACUUGGUGGGUCAAUUUCACCUUCAAUCGGUGGUUUAAAACACCUAAUCCACCUUGAUCUUUCUAUAAACCAACUCAGUGGGUCCAUUCCAACUACUCUUUCAAACCUUUCUUUGUUAGAAUCUUUACUUCUUUACUCAAACCAACUAAGUGGGUCCAUUCCUACUCAACUGAGCUCACUCAGGAAUCUUCGUGUCAUGAGAAUUGGUGACAAUGAUCUUACUGGUUCAAUUCCUUCAUCAUUUGGUGAACUUUCUAAUUUGGUCACGUUGGGUUUAGCUUCUUGUAGUCUUUCUGGUUCAAUUCCUUCCCAAUUAGGAAAGUUAACCAGCCUUCAAAGCUUGGUUUUGCAAGAUAAUUACUUGGUUGGUCCUAUUCCUGCUGAGAUUGGAAACUGCACAGAUCUUCUUGUUCUUGCUGUUGCAGGAAACAUGUUGAAUGACACUAUCCCACAACAUAUGUUUCAUCUUCGAAAACUCGAGACGCUUAAUCUUGCUAAUAACAGCUUGUCUGGGGAGAUUUCUGAUCAAAUUGGUGAAAUGGGUAGUCUUGAGUACCUUAAUUUGAUGGGUAAUCAGCUUGUGGGUCCCAUACCAAAGUCAUUAGCAAAUUUGGGUAAGCUUUACAAUCUUGAUGUGUCAAUGAAUAGGUUAACUGGUGGAAUUCCUGAAGAGUUAGGGCAAAUGAGCAAGUUAGAAAACCUGAUUUUGUCAGGCAAUAGUCUUUCUGGUACUAUACCAUCUGGUAUUUGUGCCAAUACAACUAGCCUUCAGGGGCUAUCUUUGUCAAGUGCUCAACUAUCUGGCGAAAUUCCACCAGAAAUUGGACAAUGUCAGUCAUUACAAACGCUUGAUUUGUCCAACAAUACGCUCAACGGAUCGAUUCCGGUUGAGCUGUAUGGACUUGCAGGGCUGACUGACUUGUACCUAUAUAACAACAGUCUGAGUGGUUCAAUAUCUCUUGCUGUUGGAAAUCUCAGCAGUUUGCAGACUUUGGCACUGUAUCAGAACAAGAUUGGGGGAAAUUUGCCUAAAGAGAUUGGUAUGUUGGGUAGUCUGCAGGAGUUUUUCAUCUACAGCAAUCAGUUUUCUGGAGAAAUUCCUUCAGAAAUAGGCAACUGCUCGAGUUUACAGAUGAUUGAUUUCUAUGGGAAUCAGUUUACUGGGAGAAUACCUGCAAGUAUGGGGCUGCUAAAAGAGCUGAACUUUCUGCAUCUUAGACAGAAUGAUUUGGUGGGUGAAAUUCCUGCUACAUUGGGGAACUGUCAGCAGCUGUUGAUCCUCGACUUAGCUGAUAACCGCCUUUCUGGUGGAAUUCCGGCGAAAUUGGGCAAUCUGGAGUCUCUGCAGCAGUUUAUGCUGUACAACAAUAGCCUUGGAGGUAAAAUCCCUGAUGAAUUGAAAAGCAUGUCUAAUCUGACAAGGGUGAAUCUUUCAAAUAACAAACUGAAUGGUAGCAUUGCUCCUUUGUGUAGUUCAACUUCAUUUCUUUCUUUUGAUGUGACUAACAAUGAAUUUGAUCAUGUCAUUCCACCCCAACUGGGGAAUUCGCCUUCGCUUGAAAGGCUAAGACUAGGAAGCAACCAUUUUACCGGGGAAAUUCCUCGGACAUUCGGACUCAUACACGAAUUAUCCUUGUUAGACCUUUCAGGAAAUUCGCUUUCUGGUUUCGUACCUUUUGAGCUUUCUUUCUGCAAAAAACUCUCUCAUAUUGACCUAAAUGGAAACCAUCUUACUGGCAGAAUCCCAACAUGGUUUGGGAAUUUGCCACAGCUUGGUGAAAUUAAACUGUCCUCAAAUUCAUUCUUUGGUCCUUUACCACCUCAAUUAUUCAACUGUUCUAAACUCCUUGUCCUUUCUCUGGAGGACAAUCAGCUGAAUGGUACCCUACCAUCAGAAAUUGGCAAUCUUGCUUCUCUCAAUGUCCUUAGGGUCAGUAAAAACCAACUUUCUGGCUCGAUCCCACCCUCGAUAGGCCAACUUAGCAAGCUCUAUGAGCUUCAACUAUCAAAUAACCAUCUUAAUGGUGAGAUUCCUAUUGAGAUUUCUCAGCUCCAGAAUCUGCAAGUCAUGCUGGACCUUAGUUUCAACAAUCUCACUGGACAAAUUCCUCCACAAAUCGGAUCGCUUACUAAGCUUGAAGCUCUCAGCUUAUCUCACAACCAGUUCACUGGUGCGGCCCCCCCUCAGAUUGGUGGAAUGAGCAGUUUGAGCAUACUUAACCUCUCAUACAACCACCUUGGAGGGAAACUUGAUAAGCAGUUCUCGCAUUGGCCAGCUGAUGUUUUCGUGGGGAAUAAGCUCCUCUGUGGGAAGCCUCUUCAACUCUGCAGUGUUGCCUAUCAAGGCAGCCGUAAGCAUGCAACCUUAGCAUUGAUACUCUCUUCAUUUCUGACCGUUGUUGCUGCUAUUGUCUUAAUACUUGGAGUGGCCAUCUGCAUCAGACGGCGAAGAUAUAUGAUCAAGAGAUCCAAAGAAACAGGCAGCAGUUCAUACAGCAGUUCUUCUAAUACAAAUCGGCGCUUACUGAAUUCAAAAUCCCCCAGGAGGCAUUCAGAGUACAGAUGGGAUGACAUUAUGGAAGCAACAAAGAAUCUGAGUGAUGCUUUUAUAAUUGGUUCGGGUGGUUCUGGUACAAUCUACAAGGCCGACUUAGCAUUUGGAGAGACAGUAGCUGUGAAGAAAAUAGCCCGAAAAGAUGAUCUCAUGUUGGACAAAAGCUUUGCCAGGGAAAUCAAAACUCUUGGGAGAAUAAGGCACAGGCAUCUGGUGAAGCUGAUUGGGUACUGCACCAACAAAGGAGCAGCCUCGAAUCUGCUUAUAUACGAUUACAUGGAGAAUGGAAGUGUCUGGGACUGGCUCCAUGGACAAGAAAGUAUCAACAAGAAGGCUGGAACGAAAGGACUCGAUUGGGAGACGAGACUAAGAAUAGCUGUGGGGUUAGCUCAAGGAGUGGAGUACUUACACCAUGAUUGUGUGCCGAAGAUCAUUCAUAGAGACAUUAAAACAAGUAAUGUGCUGCUGGAUUCUAACAUGGAAGCUCAUUUAGGAGAUUUCGGACUAGCAAAGCAGAUACAUUGCAAUUAUGAAUCUAUCAAUGAAACAGAAUCUAGUAUUUGGUUUGCUGGAUCUUAUGGAUACAUCGCCCCAGAAUAUGCAUACUCAUUGAAGGCAACAGAAAAGAGUGAUGUGUACAGCAUGGGAAUUGUACUGAUGGAGCUUGUAAGUGGAAAAAUGCCAACAGAUGGAAGUUUUGGUACAGAUAUAGACAUGGUGAGAUGGGUAGAGACACGUAUCGAAAUGGAAGGAUUAGAACGAGAGAAGCUUAUCGACCCCAAUCUGAUGCCUCUCCCUCCUAAUGAAGAAUGUGCAGCAUUCCAGGUUCUUGAAAUUGCACUCAUGUGCACCAAGACUUACCCUGCUGAAAGACCAACUACGCGACAAGUCUGUGAUCAACUCCUUCAAGUCUACCGAAACAGGACAGUUUGUUCGGCCAAGAGUGAUCUGUGACCAUUUCAUACUGUGGAUUAGUGUCCCUUAGUGCAUUUCAAAAGAUCACUUAUUUUGGUUGAAAAUUUGAUUGUUUUUUCAGAAUCUCAUGCUAACAGACUGAUUAUUGAAAGUGUAUGAUCUAAUUACAUCAAGAUGAUGACUUCAUAUUAUUAUUGUAUUAACCUAAAUGCAGUUAUAAUGAUGUAAAUAAA